UACGAAAGCUACCAAAGAAUCACUUGGAGAGGCUAAGAAAGUUCGUGAAUUGUUCAAAUUGGCGACCGAUCAUGAACCAGAUGAGUUCAGUCAACUUAUUGAAAGGCGAAAUUACUGGACGGUGAUUAGAACGUGUGCAUGGAUCGCGAGGUUUGUGCACAACGCGAGAAACAAAAUUAAAAAGGUCGGUCCACUAACUACAGAAGAGAUUGAAGCACAAAAGAAAUUUUGGGAAGAAAAGACUCGACGACAAGGUGAAGCGAGUGAGAAGUACGACGCUGACCGAAUGCGACUCAACCUACAGCGAAACCAAUCGAGAUUGUUAGAUGUCGAGAUGGAAGAUGAUAUCCAAAUGCCCUUGAUAACACCCGAAAGUAUGAUGCGUCCUCAGUCUAACUUGCUGCCAGAAUUGGAACCACACCUCGAAGAAACCGUACCGUUAAGGAAAAGAGCGAAGUACAUUAAAAAAUGUAAAGAUACGAUGUGGAAACGCUGGACGCAUGAGUAUUUACGGGGUCUUCGCGAACGACACAAUCUCAAACACAGCAGAUCAUCCGGAACAGUGGAAAAAGGUGAAGUUGUGAUCAUAAAGGGUGACGAGAAAGACAGUAAUCAAUGGAAAUUAGGGAUUGUGGAGAAAGUGUUGCCUGGUAAAGAUGGUAUUGUACGAGCGGGAAGAAACCAACUUGAAAGGCACCUUUAUCCGUUGGAGCUGAGCUGCGACAUAGAAAGAAACACGAAGACGAAAUUAAAUCCGGAGAUACCAGCCUUUUGA